AAAAUCCAUGGUAUUCUUGUAGUUCCCAGUGUUGAAGUCCAUUUCUACUCGGUGAGGCAAUUAUGUUCUGGCUUGAAUUUCAACUUAUACUGCUUUCCUGGCCUGAAGCCUGUAAGACUGGGCUUUGUCCUCAGGUGUUUGGCACUUCUUUCUUUUCUUCCCUGCUGGCUUAAAUGUGGGCUGAGUUGGCUUUCAACAUCCAUGCAGCAGUAGCUGCAUUUUUUGAUGUGCUUCAUGUGGAGAACCUAAACUGACUGACUUCAUUAAGCAGAGUUCCCGUUCCUCUGAGGCAGCUGAAGAUGAAAAGGACCAGAGGACAGUGACAGUCAAUCCCUCUCACAUGAGAAAGGCUUUCAAGGUCAUGAAUGAAUUACGGAGCAAGCGGCUCCUGUGUGAUGUGGUGAUUGUGGCCGAGACCGUGGAGAUGGAAGCUCACCGGGUGGUGCUGGCAGCCUGCAGCCCUUAUUUUUGUGCCAUGUUCACAGGAGACAUGUCUGAAAGCAAGGCCAAGAAGAUUGAGAUCAAGGACGUGGAUGGGCAGACCCUGAGGAAGCUGAUUGAUUACAUCUACACGGCGGAGAUCGAGGUCACGGAGGAGAACGUGCAGGUUUUGCUGCCAGCUGCCAGUUUAUUGCAACUGAUGGAUGUCAGAAAGAACUGCUGUGACUUCCUGCAGUCCCAGCUGCACCCCACCAACUGCCUUGGCAUCCGCGCCUUCGCCGACGUGCACGCCUGCACCGAGCUGCUGCAGCAGGCCAACGCCUAUGCAGAGCAGCACUUCCCUGAGGUGAUGCUAGGAGAAGAAUUUCUUAGCCUUAGUCUGGACCAGGUUUGCAGUUUAAUAUCAAGUGACAAGCUCACAGUCUCCUCUGAAGAAAAGGUCUUUGAGGCAGUUAUCUCUUGGAUAAAUUAUGAGAAGGAAUCUCGCUUGGAGCACAUGGCUAAGCUGAUGGAGCAUGUUCGCCUGCCCCUUCUGCCCAGAGAUUACCUGGUACAGACAGUUGAAGAAGAAGCUUUAAUCAAGAAUAACAACACCUGUAAAGACUUCCUUAUUGAAGCCAUGAAAUAUCAUUUGCUUCCUCUGGAUCAAAGGCAACUAAUAAAGAAUCCCAGGACAAAGCCAAGGACCCCCGUCAGCUUGCCAAAGGUGAUGAUUGUGGUGGGUGGGCAAGCACCCAAAGCCAUUCGCAGUGUGGAGUGCUAUGAUUUUGAGGAGGAGCGGUGGGAUCAGGUUGCUGAGCUUCCCUCACGGAGAUGCAGAGCAGGUGUGGUGUUCAUGGCUGGCAGUGUCUAUGCCGUGGGAGGCUUCAACGGCUCGCUGCGGGUGCGCACGGUGGACGUGUACGACGGCGCCAAGGACCAGUGGACGUCCAUCGCCAGCAUGCAGGAGCGGCGCAGCACGCUGGGCGCCGCCGUGCUCAACGACCUCCUCUACGCCGUGGGAGGCUUUGAUGGCAGCACUGGUCUGGCAUCAGUUGAGGCCUAUAGCUAUAAAACCAAUGAGUGGUUUUUUGUGGCUCCCAUGAACACAAGAAGAAGCAGUGUUGGAGUUGGAGUUGUGGAGGGGAAGCUGUACGCCGUGGGUGGCUACGACGGCGCCUCGCGGCAGUGCCUGAGCACGGUGGAGCAGUACAACCCCGCCACCAACGAGUGGACCUACGUGGCUGACAUGAGCACGCGGCGCAGCGGGGCAGGUGUUGGUGUGCUCAGUGGGCUGCUCUACGCCACCGGGGGCCACGACGGGCCCUUGGUGAGGAAGAGUGUGGAAGUCUACGACCCAGGGACAAACACCUGGAAGCAAGUAGCAGACAUGAAUAUGUGCAGAAGAAAUGCAGGGGUGUGUGCUGUGAAUGGUCUCCUCUACGUGGUGGGAGGCGAUGAUGGUUCCUGCAACCUGGCCUCGGUGGAGUACUACAACCCCAGCACAGACAAGUGGACGUUGUUGCCAACCAGCAUGAGCACAGGGAGGAGUUAUGCAGGUGUGGCUGUGAUUCACAAGCCCUUGUGACACACGAUCAAGCCAAUGUGAGGAGCAGAAGUGAAGUGGAUCCAGCUAGGUGGUGUUGGGAAGAUGACUGACCUCUGACUUGACCCAUCUCAUUGCUGUUAAUGUCUUAGCAUGACAAGUGAUGCGUUGCAAGCAUCAUCCACUCUGCAGUGGAUUGCAUAGCCAAGUGAAAAUCCCUCUGGGGACGUGUUCCAUGCUAGACACGAGGUGUUGCUUGUUAUCUGUGGUGCAAUCAGCUGUUCUUCUCGAUGGCAUGUGUCCUGAGAUAAACACUGUGCUUGGACUGCAGGCACGGGAUUUUUUGUGUGAAACAAAACUGCUACGUUUGGGCGUGUGAGUAAAAAGGAACGUUUCUGGAUUUCUUCCCUACUGAUGCUCCCUGCACAUUGUUGGUAGAACUACUUACUCACUGUGCCUGGAGGGUGGACUUUAAUACUGGCAGGGGAAACUUCUGAGCUCCAGCAGAGAAAAACAGCAGGAAUGGACUGGAACAGGGUGGUCUGGCUCGAGUGUGACGCUGUCUCAGCCAUACGUUUGUACAUGCCACUGGACUGCUGUAUGUAUCCCUGAAAUGCUUGUGGAAAUAAACACCAUGUGGUUUUUCUACUUGC